CACCCGCCUCGGUGGAUUCCGGAAUCCACCGAAGCCAUGCCUUCCUCAGCAUGGGUUGUGGUCUACCUGAGUUUUGGAAUAGGCAGAUUAGUAAGGUGUCAGGUGAAUCUUCUGAAUGGUUUAGAUGACAUAGACAAAAUAGGGUAGGCUCCACGCACAAUCUGGAAGUUUUUAAUGGUGGGCCUUCCCAUUACAAAAGUACCUAUGGUGUGGCCCACCUGAGUUUUGGAUCAGCCUGAUGUUUGGCAUCCAAGGAUAACACGAGGGGGUGUAGAUGAUAGACAGAUUGGAUGCCAUCCACACAUCACAAUGGGGCCCACAAAUCGUUUUGUAAGUUUAUCUACAAAGCUUUGUACUGGGUCUAAGUUACCUGAUGAAUUGAAAAGUAAGUAUGCAUACAUGUGCGGUCUUUUUUUUCUUUUAGCAUAUUUACUACAAGUAUAUGCUAUAUCCAUCAAAGCUAUGUUGCCAAACUUCUUUUAAUUGGUUGGUGUAGCAUUUGGAGACUUCUCUUAUAUUGCGGUGACAAGUAAGGAGCUUCCUUUGAGUUGGUGCUACUAUAACUCAGUUUUCAGUUUUCACUGGGACAAGCAAUUGCUAAGAAAAGAUAAGGUUUUUCUUUUCUGUUGUUGAGCAAUUGUUGCUGCUACACGGAUUAUCCCUUUCAUCCAUCCAAAAGAUACAAUGGCUGCAAUCUUGGCAAUCUUGGGGAUCGUGGUUACACCGGUUACAGAAGCCGGAAAAGCUUUAGUGGCUACUAUAAAGCGCCAGGCCAGUUAUCUCCUUUGCUAUAGAUGUAAUGUUGAUGAUCUUAGCAAAGAAGUUGAAAACUUAGAGAGUACAAAAAAUGAUGUAGAGGGACAGGUGGAUGCAGAUCGUCGGAAUGGGCAAGUGAUCACAAACGAUGUUCAGAAAUGGUUGAAAAAGGUAGAAAAUGUCAAAGAAGAUGCAAAGAGUUUGGAUGGUCGAGUUAAAGAGAGCAUAGGCUAUUUCGACUUGUGCUCACGUUACCGUCUAGGUAAAGUAGCAAAAAAAAAGAUGGAUGAUGUUCGUAGUCUCCAAACAGAGGCGAAAUCUAGUAAUGUAUCAUACCCUCCGCCUCCCCCAACCAUGGAAUCCUUGCCUACCAAGGGAUUUAUGCCUCUUGAAUCUACAGAAUUUCCUAUGAAGCAGGUCAUGUAUGCAAUGAAGAAUGAAAACAUCACAUGAUCGGAGUGUAUGGCAUGGGGGGUGUAGGCAAGACGACCUUGAUGAAACAAGUGGCUAGAAAGGUGAACAGUGAAGAACUUUUUCAAGAGGCGAUCAUGAUGACCCUAACCCAAAAACCUGAAUUGAAGACGAUUCAAGGCGAGAUUGCAGAGCAAUUGGGACUGGAACUCAAGGAAGAGAGUCAAGUAGUAAGAGCAGGGAAGCUGUUAGAGAGAUUGAAGCAGGAGCUGUUGAAUAGCAAGAAGAUCCUUUUAAUCUUUGAUAAUCUUUGGAAAAGGUUGGAGCUAGACGACGUAGGAAUCCCUUUGGAAUGGAAUAUUAGGGGUUGUAAGAUUGCAUUUACUACACGAAAAGUGGAAGUAUGCAGUCACAUGAAGAGCCAAGCAAAGAUCCCUGUCAAUGUGUUAUCAGAAGAAGAUGCAUGGCAUCUAUUCAAGGAAAAGGCAGGUGAUGCUAUCGACUCCUUUGAAUUGAAUGUUGUGGCAAAAGAAGUUGUCAAGGAAUGUGGGGGCUUGCCUCUAGCGAUUAUCACACUUGGAAUGGCAUUACAAGAUAAGGAUAAAAAAGUGUGGGAUGAUGCACUACUACAAUUACAGAGGUCGAAUCCUACAAACAUCAAGGGUAUGGAUCGGAAGGUGUUCUCUUCUUUGGAGAUGAGUUACAGUUACUUAGAAAGUAAGGAGGCUCAGUUAUGUUUCUUGUUUUGUUGUUUAUUUCCAGAAGGUUAUUCUGUUGAUGAGGAUGAGAUGAUGAAAUAUGGAAUUGGGGAAGGUCUCUUCAAGAAUGUUAAUACGUUGGAGGAAGCAUCAUGCAGAGUUCAUAUGUUGUUCGACAAACUUAAGGCUUCAUGCUUGUUGCUAGAAGGAAAUAAAUCAAACUCCGUAAAAAUGCAUGAUAUUGUACGAGACGUCGCCUUAUCAAUAGCAGCAAGAGCUGAGCAUGGGUUUUUGGUAAGAGCCAAAGUAGGUUUGAAAGAGUGGCCAGAUAUUGAAAAUGUGCAGGAAUGUAAGAGGAUUUCUUUAGCAGACAAUGAAAUUUGUAGACUUCCUAAUCAAAUUGAGUGUCCUCGGCUCUUAACCUUGCUUUUGGAUGGUAAUCAUUCUUUGAAAGAGAUUCCCAAUUGUUUCUUUCAAGGGAUGAAUUCCCUUAAAGUUUUGGAUAUAUGUGACAUGGAUAUCUCAAUGUUGCCCCCAUCACUGGAGUGCCUAAAAAACCUUCGGACGCUGUGGUUGGAUAGAUGUCCUCAGUUAAAAGACAUAACUCUUAUUGGCAGAUUGAAGAAGCUAGAAAUACUUUGCUUAAAAAAAACUGGCAUAUGUGAACUGACAGAAAAAAUGGGUGAGUUACAGAAUCUAAAGCUCUUGGAUUUGAUGAAAACGAAUUCUCUUGAAAUGAUAGCACCAAAUGUCAUAUCAAGGAUGACUCAGUUAGAGGAACUGCGAAUGGGAAAUAGCUUUGGCAAGUGGGAAGUUAUGGAAAAUGGAGAUGCAAGACAAGCAAGCUUAGCAGAGAUGGCAUCCUUGUCUCGGCUAACUGUUUUAUACAUCCAUGUGAAAAAUGUUGAAUGCUUGUCUCAGGACAUCCCUGGUCCAUGGAAAAACCUGAAGAAAUUCCAUAUAUGUGUGGGUAGAGAUUACACAGACAGCAAAUCAGCAAGGAGUAUAAAAAUUGAGAAUUUACCAUGUUCAAUUGGAAAUUGGGUUGAGGUGUUGUUUAAGAGAACAAACGAGCUAGAAUUAGUGAGCUGUGGGGGUACUGAGAAUCUCAUGCAAUCACAUGAACUAAGUUUCAACAAUUUAGAGAUCCUCAUUAUCAAAGAAUGUGGUGAAAUGGAAUAUUUUGUAAGUGCGGAAGAAGAAGAGACUCCAUGGAAUGUAUUCAAGCAUUUGAAGGAGCUGACGCUAGAUGAGUUAAUAAAUCUAAAGUCAUUCUGCCGGGGCCCACUUCCAGCCGGUUCCCUCCAAAACCUGAGAAAGUUAAAAAUAUUCCGUUGUAAUAAAUUAAUCAAUAUCAAGCCAUCUGAUCUGCCUCAGAGUCUGGAGAAAUUGAAAGUAAGUCAUUGCGAUGAGUUAGUGGAAGUCUUUCACUUCCAGGGGACCUCAAAAGAAUAUGCUCUACUUUCAAAAUUAAGGAAACUCAAAUUGAAUGAUCUACCAGAACUGACAAGUAUUUGGAAGGGGGCUGUACCUCCUCUUGGUAGCCUCCACCAUUUAGAGUACCUAACCGUUGAAGAUUGCAAGAGACUGAGAUAUCUCCUCUCGCUUGCGCUGGCAGAAAGACUUCAGCAAUUAAAGUUGCUUCACAUUUGGGAGUGCGAGAAGAUGGAGACAUUGAUAGGGGUAGAAGAAGAAGAGAUCACAACUGCAUCAUUAUCGUCAUCGUCAGGGUCAAGGCAGUUUGAACUGAUGUGUACUCCUCACUCACUUCCACAUGGAGGAAUGUUCCCUAACCUCCAAACAUUGGACAUUCAAGAAUGUCAUGGUUUCCAGAAUCUCUUUUCAUUGAGUGUCGCGCAAUGUCUCUGGAAACUCCAACGUCUCUCUAUCAUCAAUUGCAAUGGAAUGGAGGCGAUAAUAGCCAAGGGGGCGGACGAUGAAGUGGUGGAUCAAGGCAUGCUUCCAAGGUUAAGGACAUUAGAAUUACAAGGGUUAGAACAGCUAACAAGCUUCUACCAAGGAGUUGGCGUACUUUUCGAUUGGCCUUCUUUAGAAUAUCUUGAGGUGUGGGAGUGUCAGAAUUUCAAGAACAUUCAAAUGGGACCUCACAGCGCUCCAAACCUAAAGAGGAUCUAUUCAACCGCGGAAUGGUUGGAGGUGGAGUUGGAAGACGAGAGCCUUAAAGCCCGUAUUCAAACCCUUAUUUAUCCGCCACUGUGA